GGGGACCGACCCGCUAAUCCAACGCCCGUCGCUAGCCCCAAGCGCUGCAAAACUGCGUAGCGAUUCCCCCCCGGCGUCGCCACUACUUUGGCACUGAAACAACCACCACCACCACCUUUGCCAGCUGCACCACCUGCCAAACCUGCCCACUGCGACUGCUCUUGUUCGCCCGUUGCCUUCUUUCAACCUCCCCAAAACAACCCCCUCUAUCAGCAGCAAAUCCCAUCAAAAGAAACUUGCUGCAAUAUCGCUUUUACACGCGUACCGUCAAUGCUUGCCGGCAUCCAUCAACGCUGAUUCUGCCCAUUAGCCGACGCCCGCUCCGCGCUCCUUCAGCCGCCGCUGCACGCAUUACCUCCUCACCACCACUACCACCACCACCCUCUGCUGCUGCUCACGCCCCUGGUGCUUUCCAUCCUUCGCACCCCCAAAAAGCACGGGCUAAUCGCUCUCAAGCCAUCCUUCUUAUCCUCCGUUGCCUUCCCUCCGACGCCUCCUUCUCUUAUUCUCCUUGUCUCCCGCUUCGCCGAUGCAGCAACCAGAGCGUUCUCAACUCCCCUCCUCCUCCUCCUCUUCCUCUCCUCUAUAUUCCACAGACAACAAGCUUCCUCCGCUGCACACAACAGACAAUGGUCGCAUGCUCCCGUCUUUGAGCUCAAUCACAGGCGGUAAUCAUUUGCGACAACCAUCCGACAUGUCUUCUCUCGAUCGAACUCCGCUUCCUCCUCACCUUCAUGGCGCCAUGCCCUAUCGACAACCGCCCUCUGCGGUCCAUGCCGACAGCCCGGCUCCCAUGGACGUCGACCCCAGCGCUAGUGCUGCCAGCACGCCGUCCCCGGACAACCAACACGAAGGAACACCUACCAGCGUUACGCUCGAUGACCCUGAUGUUCGCUUGGCCGCUGAGGCUCUAGGCGACUUGCGAGCAGACUUUGUCUCCUCGCCUCCCGAUACCACAGGCACCAUGAGCCCGCCGCCGCCACCUUUUUCUCGGACCACUUCCGCAAAACCCAAAUCUCCAAGAUCCGAACCUCUCCUCUCGCUCCUAACCACCUCCCACCCUCUCAUUACCUCUACUCUUGGCGGAGCAUCGUCUGCAUAUGGCGGCGUAAAGAACUUUUCGCCCCGUUUCAAGUCGGGCGCCGAGUAUGUUGAAGGAUAUCUCACCCCAUUGGCCAAGACGGUCAACGUCGUAGGCCGUAAGACGGGUGUCGAGGGUGGUGUGCGAUGGUUCCUCGGCGGCGGUCGCAGAGCACCUCCCAGCUCAGACCCCGAUGCCGGUGCCUCUAAGAAGAGACGCAAGGUGGGCGAAGAAAAGAAUGGACAGGCCAGCGGCGACGGUCAAGAUGACUCCCCUCCUACACCCAAGAGUGCGCGCCGCUUAUCCUCUGCAAGCACAGUGGACACGCUUCCUGCAUAUGAUGAGCUGCGUUCCCCUGCCUACACAGAAUCUGCUGGCUCAGAUGGCCAGGCUGUGCAAACCCAAGCCUGGCAGACUCGCUUAUUCAUGACGACGUCUGGCCUCAGCGUUGCCAUGAGCUCAGAAAGCCUUCGCAGCCUAAAGUACUGCCUCAAGUGGCUUAAGUGGACUAAUGAGCGUAUGGGUAACACUAUUGGAAACCUCAAGACAGCUUUGGAGGAUUACGAAAAAGCUGUCAACCCCGAGACCGUGGAUGCUCUGCUCAAGGAACAAGACGAAGCCGCCGCUAACGGCGGCGAGGGUGGUAGCGGAACCAAGACACCGGAGGAGAAGCGCGUCGAGAUUGCUAACCGCAUCCAGACGAUGAAGGGUGAUAUUCUCAAGACAUUACAGGAGGUUGUUACAACCGUCUCCAAGUAUGCUGGCGGCUCUCUGCCAGAGAAUGCCCGUAUCCUGGUUCGCCGUCACUUGACUAGCUUGCCACAACGUUUCCGCCUAGCCACCAUGUCUGAUGCUAAUGCUGAGCGCAGCGGUGACGCUAAGGACCGGGACUCUGCUCUCCGCGAUGGUGCUCAAAAGGUGCUUGUGCUCGCCAAGGAAGGCCUUGAUAUGGUAACUCAAAUCAGCGGCGUCCUGGACGGUACAAUCAUCAGUGCGGAAGAAUGGUGUGAGCGCAUGGGCAAGAAGCGUGAGCCUGAAAAGGAUGAGCCUCUUGACCUGAAUGCUGCUGACCCUCCCGCGGCGCCUGAGCCCACAGAUACCAAGAUGACUUAAAUCCCAAGGAUCUUGGUUGGUGGCACAUCUGGCAACUUUGUUGUGACCAACGCGUUUUGGUACAUUAUUACCAUAGACCAAGCCCCCAUCAACUUACUCACAACUUUUGAGUAUGCGUAUAUUGCAGAUUCCUCUGCUGAGCGUACCUCGCUCGCCCUUCUUUUUAACCCCUCUUCUUCCUUCUUUCUUGUUGCCUCUUGUUUUAUCAUGUUAUGGAAUAGGACACCGGAGUCCCGAGCGAUACCUCGAGCUUUGACAGCUCUCAUUUUCCUUGUUUUGUUUUUACUAAAAAGGUCUGCGGUUGACGGUGAAGACCCCUUUGGGAUGAGUCCCUCAGUUAGAUGUAUGUCUGCGUACUGCGGCGUUUAAUGUCAUGUUUCGCUUCUUUUUGUCUUUUUACACAGAGACUCUUACUCAGUUAUGUACUUGUGCAACUAGUUGCCUGUUCUUGUUUUGCUUAAGCCUUUACAUGUCUGCUGCGUCCGCGUUUAACUGGCUAUUGUGAUUCGCGAAACGACAGCAUCCAUGUGUGUUUUUUACGAUUUCUUUUUUUCAAAGCGCUAUAUGUAUCUGGUUUAUUGCGAUAGCAUUCUAUGAAUACGACAUUAUGCCACG